AUGAGCGCCAAAGACCCAGCUCAGGUCCUCGAGACUCUGCGCCGGCUGCAGUCGAGCACCGAACUAUCCAUCAUCAAACUCAGUGAAUCCAUCUCAAAUUCAACACCAAACGAUGCCCCUCAGCGCAUCUCUGACGCGUCCAACACGUCGCUCGACAGCCCUUCACCCACCAGCCUGGACGCAGACCUGAUACACUACAAAGAGCUCUUCGCCAAACUCCGGUUCUCCUACGUGGAGCAGGUGACCAAGGAGAAAUUCAUCCGCGCCAUCGUGGGGGAUCCGCCUCUCAUCGUCACGUUGCAAGAAAACCUGGAUCUGGAGCGAGAAAACGCGGAGGCGAAAGCGCAGCUGAAGAACCUCAAGCUGGAGGUGGCCGACCUGGUGUCCGACUUGGAAAAGAGAGGCCGGGAGCUGAGCAAGCGGUACGAAAACAUCCAGCUCGAGACGGCGCGUCUGGAAGAGCUGCCUGCAAAGAUAGCAGAGCUGGAGAAGCGCAUCAAGGAACUCAAGAGCCAGCAGGAGACUUCGGCGUCGGAUCCAAACCUCCGGCUGCCCUUGACGAAGACGCUCGGCCUCGUGGCGAAGCGGAAAGCGGAGCAGCAGGAGCUGGCGCGGGAGCUCGAGGCCCUGCAGGCCAAGGUUCCCAGGAAGAGAAAGGAGGCGGAGAGGCUGCAGGCCGAGCUGCAGCCGCUGGAGGCGAAACGGCAGAGCAGCACCACUGCGGCGCGGGAAGCUCGCAGGAGGAAGGAGGCUGCUCUUGGGGGAGUUGCGGACGACCUUGAGCAGAGAGCUCGGUGGUGGAGGGCCAGCGAGAGUAUGUUGAAGCAGGUGCUCGAUAUCAAGCAAUGA